AUGAGGAUUAGCACGACCUGUAUUUGUUCUUUCAUAAUUUUUACAGCAGGAAUGCUUCAGGGCAUUGACGCAGCACAGGGAAAAUACGCUCAAAUGCUGUUUAAUGAACUGUUUGAAGGCUACUCAAAUGCUCUCCGACCUGUUGAAGAUACAGAUAUGGUCCUGAAUGUUACUCUUCAGAUCACACUUUCCCAAAUUAAAGAUAUGGAUGAGAGAAACCAAAUUUUGACAGCCUAUCUGUGGAUUCGCCAGACAUGGCAUGAUGCCAAUUUGAAGUGGGACAAAGACCGAUAUGAUGGAUUAGAUUCUAUCCGGAUCCCCAGCAAUCUGGUAUGGAGACCAGACAUUGUUCUCUAUAACAAGGCUGAUGAUGACUUUUCUGAAUCGGUGAACACAAAUAUUGUAUUAAGGUACGAUGGGAAGAUCACUUGGGAUGCACCAUCCAUAACAAAAAGUUCAUGCGUGGUGGAUAUAUCCUACUUUCCUUUCGAUAGCCAGCAGUGCAAUCUGACCUUUGGUUCCUGGACCUACAAUGGUAAUCAGGUAGAUAUCUUCAAUACGUUAGACAGUGGCGACCUCUCAGACUUCAUAGAAGAUGUGGAGUGGGAGAUUCAUGGCAUGCCAGCUGUUAAGAAUGUGAUCACUUAUGGCUGCUGCUCAGAGCCUUACCCAGAUGUUACGUUCACUCUUAUCUUGAAAAGAAAGUCAACUUUCUAUAUAUUUAACCUGCUGCUUCCUUGUCUGUUGAUAUCUUUUUUGGCUCCACUGGGAUUCUACCUUCCUGCAGACUCUGGAGAGAAAGUAUCUCUUGGAGUUACUGUUCUGCUUGCUCUAACUGUAUUUCAGCUAAUGGUUGCAGAAAGCAUGCCUCCUUCUGAAAAUGUACCCUUGAUAGGUAAAUAUUACAUCGCUACUAUGACAAUGAUCACUGCAUCCACAGCACUCACCAUAAUUAUAAUGAAUAUUCAUUAUUGUGGAUCAGGAGCCAAGCCCGUCCCGCAGUGGGCAAGGGUGGUCAUUCUGGACUACAUGUCAAAGAUCUUCUUUGUUUACGAUGUGGGUGAAAACUGCACCAGUCUGCAGUGUGUCGGAGAGCAAGACUCAGAGUCAGAAACAACACGCACAAGUUCAAAAGAGCAAGGCAGAGGGGAAGGCAGAAGGAAACCCCUCAGUAAGGGGAGAAGCAGCGACAGUGACCCCCUCGAGAAGCUGCGUGAAGGAGGGAAGGAUGGUUCUGGAUUCCCAGGUAAAAAUGCAAGGGAUGUUGUUGGCUGCUGCUCUUGUUACAGAACAUUAAUCAAGAAUAUUGAAUAUAUCGCUAAUUGCGUAAGGCGCCACAAAGCCAACCACGCCAAAGGAGUAGAAUGGAAAAAGGUUGCAAAAGUGAUGGACCGAUUUUUCAUGUGGAUUUUUUUCAUUAUGGUCUUUUUCAUGAGUGUUUUGGUUAUUGAUAAAGCUCGCUAA